CAAUGUUGGGGUGUUCCUCCUAAAGUCCACAAUCAUCUCCACUGUUUUGAGCGUGUUCAGCUCCAGGUUGUUUUGACUGCACCAGACAGCCAGCCGUUCAACCUCCUUUCUAUACGCAGACUCAUCAUCAUCUCGGAUGAGGCCGAUGACAGUGGUGUCGUCUGCAAACUUCAGGAGCUUGACAGAGUGGUCCUUGGUGGUGCAGUCAUUGGUGUACAGGGAGAAGAGUAGUGGGGAGAGCACACAUCCCUGGGGGCACCAGUGCUGAUGGUACAGGUGGUGGAAGUGAAUUUUCCCUGCCUCACAAGCUGCUGCCUGUCCGUCAGAAAGCUGGUAAUCCACUGACAGGUAGAGGUGGGAACAGGGAGUUGGUUUAACUUAGUCCGGAGUAUAUCUGGUAUGAUUGUGUUGAAAGCCGAGCUGAAGUCCACAAAAGGAUCCUUGCGUAUGUCCCCGGUCUGUCCAGAUGUUGCAGGAUAUGAUGCAAACCCAUGUUGACUGCAUCAUCCACAGACCUGUUUGCUCGAUAAGCAAAUUGAAGGGGGUCCAGAAAGGGUCCAGUGAUGUCCUUCAGGUGGGCCAACACCAGUCUCUCAAAUGACUUCAUGACCACAGAUGUCAGGGCGACAGGUCUGUAGUCAUUAAGUCCUGUGAUUUUUGGUUUCUUAGGGACGGGGAUAAUGACUGAGCGUUUGAAGCAGCAUGGGACUUCACACUGCUCCAGUGAUCUAUUGAAGAUCUGAGUGAAGAUGGGGGCCAGUUGGUUAGCACAGGAACGAAGGCAAGCUGGUGAGAUGCCAUCUGGUCCUGGAGCCUUCCUUGUCCUUUGCUUCCGAAAGACACGGCACACAUCGUCCUCACAGAUCUUUAGUGCAGGACAUUAUGACGCCAGAGCUCGAGUUCUGAUCAGGCAUGUGAGCUGUCUACUGCGAGUGAGCCAACAGCAGCUGGAGGAGUUUGAAGAGACACUUGGAGAGAAAUUGAGAGAGGGAGGAGAGGAGAGUGAAGAAGAAUCAUCAAAAAGGCGAAAGAAAGAGCGAGGACGCAAACUGCGCCGGUACCUGCUGAUUGGACUCGCCACUGUAGGUGGAGGAACGGUUAUCGGUGUGACAGGGGGGUUGGCAGCACCCCUGGUGGCUGCUGGGGCGGGUGCAGUUCUGGGAGCAGGUGGUGCUGCUGCGUUGGGAUCUGCCACGGGCAUUGCCAUCAUGGCUUCUCUGUUUGGAGCCGCAGGGGCUGGGUUAACAGGCUAUAAAAUGAACAAGCGUGUUGGUGCUAUCGAGGAAUUUGAGUUUCUUCCAUUGAGUCCUGGAAAGCAUCUUCACCUGACUGUAACUGUGACAGGUUGGCUCUGCAGCGGAAAAUACAGUUCGUUCCAGGCCCCCUGGUCCAGUCUUGGAGCGUGCGGUGAGCAGUACUGUCUGAAAUGGGAGUCCCGUUACCUGUUGGACCUGGGCUCUAUUCUGGACUCAUUAUGGGAUGGGCUUGUUAGUGUAGUGGCCCAGGAGGCCCUCAAAUACACUGUGCUGUCAGGUAUAGUAACCGCUCUGACAUGGCCGGCUUCUCUACUGGCUGUAGCCAGUGUGAUCGACAACCCCUGGGGAGUGUGCUUGAGUCGAUCUGCAGAGGUGGGGAAACACCUUGCCCAGGUUCUGCGGAGCAGACAGCAGGGAAAGCGCCCGGUCAGUUUAAUUGGCUUUAGUCUUGGAGCACGUGUCAUCUACUUCUGCCUAGAGGAGCUUGCUAAUGAUCAAGGUAGUGAAGGUGUGGUGGAAGACGUGGUGCUGCUCGGAGCCCCUGUAGACGGAUCCGAGAAAACUUGGCAGCGGCUGUCCAGAGUCGUGGCUGGGAAGAUUGUUAAUGGAUAUUGCAGAGGAGAUUGGCUUCUUGGAUACCUGUAUAGAAGUUCAUCCGUCCAGUUGUCCGUUGCUGGGCUGCAGCCAAUCAAUUCGCAAGACCGCAAAAUAAUCAACGUGGAUCUUUCAUCAGUGGUAAAAGGUCACCUGGAUUACAUGCGUCAGAUGGACACAAUCCUUGUGGCCGUGGGGGUUCCAACCAGGGAAGAGGCUGGAGCCAUGAGUGUCAAUCUGCACAUAGCUAAUUUAUCUCAGGAACUACCUGGCAUACCAGAGUCUGUGACAGAUGAUCAAAAUGGAGCCAAAAAGAAACCAACAAUUGACAUUUCAACAAAAGAUCCCUCAGACACAACCGAGACAAAUGUAUACGAAUGCAUAAAGACUCGAGACAAAGGGGAGUACGAGAGGAAGGACUCUGAGAAUGGCUGGGAUAUCCCGGAUAUAUCUGAUUUACUGGAAUCUAUCAAUGACUGUGAUGACGUCACGGACACAUGUCAGCCGGACGAUUGUUUUUCAUGUGCCCUAGGAAGCAAGGAUCGGAGAGACGGAGAAGGUGAGAGUGACACGGACCUGGAGCAAACGUCAUGGGACUGGAAUGAGACACACUGGACUACUGAACACACAAACGCAAGCUACAAAUCACACAGUCAAGCACGGGACCAAUUAGCCAAUGGCAAACCUGCAUGUUCUGAGCCAAGAACAAUGAAAUCAUGGCAUUCCCAUAAUUCUUAAUUUAUAGAGUUCAACACACGAUAUGAAGAGGAAUCUCAUGAGACCUGUCAAGAACAUGUCUUUGUCAUAUUUGACCCCAAAAUCAAAAAGAUUUUCAAUUUUGCUUAAAGAAAAUCAAGCAUGUUUUAGUACUAUUCAUUUUUAAGCAUUGUCAUUUCUCAUUAUACAUCUCAUAAUCUCCCAAAUUCUCAAUAUCGUAAUGCAAAAAAAACUUUCUUCUUACAGUAAAAAAAUAUAAUAAUGUUUUAAUUAUUUAAAUACAACAUUUUAUACAUUAUUUGUUGUACUGGCCUAAUGCUGAUUUAAUAAAAAAAAAAAAAAAAGACUAAUCACAAAUUUUAUUUACAGUAAAUUACAUCACUGUACAUAAAUUGCAGUAAUGAGAUUUUAAUAAGAAUCGCCAUUUGAGAAUAAAUACAAAUUAAAUGAGUAAUAAGGUCUGAAAGAAAGGGAAAAAAAAAAAAGAUUAUUAAAACGUCUGGUUGCAGGGACCUAUUACUGACCGGGCCAAUGGGGCCAGUGCCCAGGGGCCCUUGACUACCAGUGGGCCCUUGACUGUCUGGGGGUUCCCUGGGCUAAGGCUGCACGAUCUAGUUUGGU